ACGUCUUGGGGAGGGGAAGGGUUCUGGAUUCUGCACAUCUGGGCAGCCAGGCACAGUUACGCGUCCUCAGCCCUCUGGCAGGUGAAAAGUGACCAGUCAGAACGUCUUCAGGUCAAGGGGGGAGGGUAGUGGCCAAUGAAACUACUGGAUGGGUGGCCUCGGAUUCCUGGCUGCAGUUACUGUGCAGGAAGUGAGAAGUCUGGAUGGGCAGAUGAGGCAGGCAUCCUGGGCUGUGAUUUGGGAGUGGGAUCGGCUGGGUAUGCGGAGGAGAGGGGACACCAGCAAGUCGUGCUUCCUGCGAAUGCUACCCCCAGGGACAGUGGCUUCUGGGAGGCAUUUCCGGCUGGAUCUGCUGCCUGUGGAGCACCGAGUAGUGAGCUUUGCCUCCCUGACCCAUCCUCCUGACACCCAUCUUCCCACCUGAGUCUCCUGGGCCCUGCUCCCCUGGCUCCCUCUGGCCUGCCCGACACCGACCAUGACUCGCGGCUGAUGAGAGGGUGCCCGCUAUGGACUCACCAGACUUUCCUCUUUGUAGAGUUAAUGGUCGGCUCCCACUUGGGACACCUAGGCCUCCAACUCCUGGGAUGGAAACAUUAAAAUCUGAGACCAAAAAGAGAGUCCUUCCCUCAUGGAUGACAGCCCAGGUGGCCAAGAAGAGGGUGGUGCUGCUGAAGACCCCCAAGAAGAGGAGGAUGGCAGAGCCAGCGAAGGCAGCAAGACGCCUUGCAGUGAAGACUGUGUACUGCAUGAAUGAGGCUGAGUUGGUGGAUGUGGCCCUGGGGAUCCUGAUUGAGGGCCGCACCCAGGAGAAGCCUUGGGAAGAGCUGGCUGUAGCAGGUGCUGAGAAGACUGAGCUCUGCCCCACAGGCUCCAGGUCUCCUCACACAAGUUCUGGUGGCAACAGCGACGAAGAGGACAGUGGGAACCAUGGGCUGAGGCCCGAGGCCGGCCCCAGCCCUUCCCAGAGGCCAGAGACAUUCACCUCUGCCUGCAGCAGGAGCCCUGAGCAGCAGGAGGAGGAUGUGUUCAAAUACGUCAGGGAGAUUUUUUUCAGCUAAGGGGUGAACUGCCUGCUGGGCUUUCUGCUGAGCGGAGCUGGGCACAGCUGGGGCUGCCUCCCCAGACCUGGCUGAGUCAUCAUAGCUCAGAAGCCUGGACGCUCUGGACCCUGGGGACUUGAGUUCCUCUUGCACUGUGCCCGCUCCUGGCUCAGCGAGUCUGGAAUCCCAGCCAUCUGUUGUGGCAGUUACCAGGUUCCAGGGGAAAUGAGGCCAUGGGGUUCAGCUUACCGGAACUUAAUACUUUUCAAGGAAGAGUGGCCACGAAGUACACUGGAAUUCCUCGAGUUUAGUCAGCACCAUCUCAGGGGAGGCUUGUGUUAAAAACAGCCUCUGUCCCCCGGCUGUGUGUCGGGGACUCCGAGCACCAGGCUCUCCCUGCAGGUGAGCAAGCUAGACAGCCCUCCUCCCCUUCUUCCUGGGAAGUGAGAGUGGGUCAGGAGCACAGAGGACAGACUACAGACAGAGGACCAGGCCAGAGCCCGUGUUUCUAUCUCUGUAUUCAGUGCGGCUUUUGACAGGUAUGGAAUGAGGAAAUCAUUCUAAUAUGUAGAUGCUGAAAAAUAUACAAAAUCCCCCAUCA